CCGGCCCAUUGCGAGGGUGACAGGAAACCCUGUGCAGGGAGCGCCGCCAUCUUGGACCAGCCCGAGGAAGAUCCUGAGGGAGCCGCAGGAGCAGUCGCCGCUGCCACCGCUACUGCCGCCCGUGCGCCUGCACCUCCGGGCCAGCCCGCCUACCUGCCGGGGCCUCGGCCGACCGCCCCCACCCCCUCUCCCGCCGCGUCCUCCCUGCUCUUCCUCGUCCUGACGCCCCCCUCCCGCCCGGAAAGCUGCCCAGCCACCAGCAGCCCCCCAGUGCCACCAUGGCAACUGCACCAUACAACUACUCUUACAUCUUUAAAUAUAUUAUUAUUGGGGACAUGGGAGUAGGAAAAUCUUGCUUGCUUCAUCAGUUUACAGAAAAAAAAUUUAUGGCUGAUUGUCCUCACACAAUUGGUGUUGAAUUUGGUACAAGAAUUAUUGAAGUUAGUGGCCAAAAAAUCAAACUGCAGAUAUGGGAUACAGCAGGACAAGAGCGGUUUAGAGCUGUUACACGAAGCUACUACAGAGGAGCUGCAGGUGCACUUAUGGUGUAUGAUAUCACUAGAAGAAGUACAUAUAACCAUUUAAGCAGCUGGUUGACAGAUGCAAGGAAUCUCACCAAUCCAAAUACUGUAAUAAUUCUCAUAGGAAAUAAAGCAGAUUUGGAGGCACAGAGAGAUGUUACGUAUGAAGAAGCCAAACAGUUUGCUGAAGAAAAUGGCUUAUUGUUCCUUGAAGCAAGUGCAAAAACGGGAGAGAAUGUAGAAGAUGCUUUUCUGGAGGCUGCCAAGAAAAUCUAUCAGAACAUUCAGGAUGGAAGCCUGGAUCUGAAUGCUGCUGAGUCUGGUGUACAACACAAACCCUCAGCCCCACAGGGAGGCCGGCUAACCAGUGAACCCCAACCCCAAAGAGAAGGCUGUGGCUGCUAGUGACCUCUUUGUUGUGGCCCCUCAUUUGACCUUUCAUCUCUAUCUGUUGGAAGCAGUACUUUUUACUGCCUCGUUGUCUUCUGUACAUCUUACUGGGUUUAAUUAAAAGAGAAAAAACUCUGUUGUAAAAACAGUUUAACACAAUACUAAACUGCUAAACAACUAGAUGUAAUCAGGUUAUCAAAGGCAAGUAGAGUAAUAAAUCUCUCCUGCAUGGUAAAUCUAGACUUUUUUUCCCCCCUUGAUUGUCCUCGUGAUAGGUAUGUCACCAAUAUAUGAUUUAAACUGAGCACUGAUGCUGGACUUCACAAUUUUUACCCUCCCUCUUUUGCAAGGCUUUGUCUUACUGUACGGUUUAAUUUGAUGAUAUCUCCGGCCUUUCUUCCCAUCUUUAACUGUACGAGUAUGUCUCUUUGUAGCUGAUAAGUUCAUUGCUGUGAAAUGACUUCUGAUGGUAGAGAAGGGGUUCUAUAACUGCUUUUGUUUUUGUUGAAUAAAUUCCAUUGUGGGGUGGCAUUUUUCUUCAUAUUUGCUUCUGUCUUAGCCUUGCACAGGGAAAAAUAUCCAUUUAUCUUUUCUCUUGUGCUUAAUAGCUUUAUUUUUUUUUACAUGAUUUUAUCCUUUUCUCUUUAACAAAGUAAAUAUGUAUAAAAUUUGAAGGAACCGAACUAACAACAUUCUGUGUAUAUUAUUUUAAUGAAGAAAAUAAAUUGAUUACUGGCAUUGGAACAGUAUAAAAUACCAGUUUGUACAGUAUGACCUGUAUGUGACCAUGUUAUUCCCUUCCAUUUCACACAAGGAAAUAGACACAACUGCAGUUCACAAGUAGUACUGGCUACACCCUUGGUGCUGGCAGUUUGAGGACGCUGUGCUGGAAAAGAGCUCCUAGCGUCAGCAGAUUAACACUAGCAGAUUCUGUUCCAUCUUUGCACUGUGGCUUACCUGCUGAUUUUCUUAACUCUUCUUGUGCAAUUGGCAAUGUGCUAACCUGCUUUUCUCUUUUUGUAAACAUUUUGCAUUACAGGCUGCAUUCUUGCCUUACUGUAUAGAAAAAGAAAACAGGCUGGAUUUAUUAUUGCACAUUUUAAGCUUUUAUACCUUUAUCUUCUUGGAAUGGUCAGAUUCUAAACCAGAUAGCCAGAACCACAAGUCAGCUAUUAAGGGAUUUUAAAUUGUGCAUUUUUAACACUGUAGUGAAAUAAUCCAGGGUUAUCCCUUGUGUUGGUAUGAGGGGCUAUUUUAUAUCAUGUUGGCAUAAAUUGUUUUGUAAAUGGGAAAGUGUUUCUAAUGGUGUUUCAGUGUUUGUGCUGAUAAGUUACACUUUGCACUAGGUGGUUUGGCCACUGGAAUAUGCAUUGUAAGAGAAUCUUCUUUAGACAACAGACAUUUGUUUACUAAGUUUGUUUCUGUUGAUGUCUAACUGAGUGUAUGGUUCAGUGGCGGGCAGUUGGGAAGUUAUCUGAAGUAUAGGACAGGUAAACCCCAGCGUAUCUCAUAAAAUGCACUCAGUUCAACUGCUGUGUUUAAAGUACACAUUUAAAAUCCCUCUUUACAGACACUAAAGUAAAAUUACAUCUCUCUGGGUUAUACACAUGUAGUUCCAGAGUAUUGUACAAUGUUAAAGCCAAAACUAGAAUGUGCAGAAAAUAGGAUUUGGAUGGUUUGUGGACUCAUCUUUAUUUUUGUCUUUAACUUUUUAAAAAAUAAGAUUUCUGGAGUAGAUUGACAUGUUCUGUUAAAGACUUACAGUGAUCCAUUUUGCUUACGCUGUUGCAUCACUAGGGAUUCACCCAGGGACCAUGACCUGCUGGUGUGUGUAUAUAUUUACAAAACAAGACAAACCACCCAUUGGGACAUAAGGUGUAGCAAUCACAAACUGAAGACUUUGGCUUAUUUAGGUGCAAUACCGAUUCCCAAAGUUAAUUACAGUGGGUCUGUUUUUGUGACAGAAGGAUUUCAGACUGCUGUACUCUUCAUUUGAUGUAACAAAAUGCUAUUAAUCUAAAUAUUUGUAAAUAAAGUACCUGUAUCUAGAUUAAAUUAAAA